AUGGCGGAAGGCAACGACAAGAGCUCGAACCCUAUGCGCGAGCUGCGCAUCGACAAACUCGUCCUGAACAUCUCCGUCGGCGAGUCUGGCGAUCGUCUUACUCGUGCCGCAAAGGUGUUGGAACAGUUGUCUGGUCAAACUCCCGUCUACAGCAAAGCACGAUACACCGUCCGAUCGUUCGGUAUCCGUCGUAACGAAAAGAUUGCCGUCCAUGUCACCGUCCGUGGCCCCAAGGCCGAAGAGAUUCUCGAGCGUGGCCUGAAGGUCAAGGAAUACGAACUUCGCCGCAAGAACUUCAGCGAGACCGGCAACUUCGGCUUCGGUAUUUCGGAACACAUUGAUUUGGGUAUUAAGUACGACCCUGCGAUUGGUAUCUACGGCAUGGAUUUCUACUGCUGCAUGUCACGACCGGGUGCGAGAGUUGCCAGACGGAGACGGUGCAAGAGCAAGAUUGGCCGUAGCCACAAGGUCUCCAAGGACGACACCAUCAAAUGGUUCAAGAACAGAUUCGAGGGUAUUGUGCGAUAG